CUUCGAAGAGAGAUAGGAAUAUACUCCAUAUACGGAUUUUAGCGCGAUGCUUAUCCUGGUUCUCUGCUGCAGCCCAACUACUCCCAACUGAAAUUCCCUCUUACAAUUCAUUCAAUGGCGGCAACCCACAGCAUAAAAUUCUCGAAUCCAAACCCAAUUUGCUUGUUGUCUUCCUCAUCCCCACCUCCAUUUUCAGCAAAACUCCCAAACAACAACGUUUCCAAUUUUUUCGGCGCCAGUCUUUCUAGAAUCACUAGCUACCAAAAUUCGGCACCAACGCUGUCAAGAAGGCUCCUCCUGACCUCAGUUGCUGGGAUCUGGGACGCCUUAACCGGCGGCGGCUCCGCUCGUGAAGCUGUCGCCGCUGUUCGCCGAGGAAUGCUUCUAUUCAGACAGGGUGAUGUUCAAGGUUCCAUGGUUAAAUUUGACAAGACUAUUGAUCUCGAUCCUCGCCAAAAAGCAUAUCUUUGGCAGAGAGGAUUGUCGCUAUACUAUCUUGAUAGAUUUGAAGAGGGUGCAGAGCAAUUUAGACUAGAUGUUGCACAAAACCCGAAUGACACUGAAGAGUCAAUAUGGUGCUUUCUUUGUGAAGCUCAGUUGUAUGGUGUUGUUGAAGCUAGAAGACGAUUUUUGGAGGUUGGUAUAGAUCCACGACCUGUCAUGAGAGAAGCUUACCGUAUGUUCAAAGAUGGUGGGGACCCAGAAAAGCUUGUUGCAGCAUUUUCAAGUGGCCGGGCGAGCGAAUAUUUCUAUGCUUCUUUAUAUGCCGGCCUUUAUUAUGAAUCAGAGAAUAAAAGUGAUGAAGCUAAACACCACAUAAUUGCUGCAUGUAAAUCUCCUUACGGUUCAAGGUCUGACGACUACAUGGCAUCGCUCGCCAAGGUUCAUUGUGCUUGCCGAAACUGGACACUCACUUGAAAGGUCACCUCUCUUCUGCUAAGAUGGAUAUAUCAUUAUCUCAACAAAUAAUUAGACUUUUAUACUCCUUAUAAAACGAAAAAACAAAUUGAUUAGUGUUCUGUUCUGACUCUCUAUCUCUUUCUAUCAUCAAGCACAGCAUGUGCCACUUAAAUCUACUUUUACUCCCUUUCUCAGCAAAUUCUGCACGAACUGAAUCAAGCCCCGAUGAGAGUGAUUCACGAGAUGUCUAUCAAAAAUAGUCCCAUUCAAAACCGAAAAGUCUCUAUUGUGGAGUAUAAUUUAGUCCCAUUUAAUUGGAAAUUGCAUUAUUCCAGCUAGUAUGCAUGCGACCUUCUUAUUCCCUACGUUCUUUAUUAAUACUAUGAAGCGAUUUCUGUUUUAGUCCGUCAACUUAAAAUUAUAAACUUCUUUUUUAUGAAAUUUUUCUC